GGCUAUCCCAGUCAAUCUCCGGUGCGGCUGAUCCUCUCCUCAUUCAGUCCCCGACCCUGGAACGUGUCGCAGAGGGACACCCGGCCCGGUUACAGUGCUCCAUGAAGAACGCCAACGUGAGCCACACCGAUGUACACUGGUACCGACAACUCCCGGGACAGCAUAAGGAGUGGAUUUUAACACAUGAUACAAAUGGAAGGAAAACAGAUCACGAAGAUGUUAAUCAGCGUCUCCAGCCGUCCAGAGUCACCUCCAAUAACACCUACAUUCUGAUACUCAGACGAGUGACAGUCAGUGACGCUGCCGUCUAUCACUGCUGUGUGUGGGGAGAUGUCUGUGGGAACGGGACCCGACUCAAAGUAACCAGUGUGGCUGCUCCUCUCCUCAUUCAGUCCCCGACCCUGGAACGUGUCACAGAGGGACACCCGGCCCGGUUACAGUGCUCCAUGAAGAACGCAGACGUGAGCCACAGUGAUGUACACUGGUACCGACAACUCCCGGGACAGCAGAGGGAGUGGAUUUUAACACAUGAUACAAAUGGAAGGAAAACAGAUCACGAAGUUGUUAAUCAGCGUCUCCAGCCGUCCAGAGUCACCUCCAAUAACACCUACAUUCUGAUACUCAGACGAGUGACAGUCAGUGACGCUGCCGUCUAUCAAUGCUGUGUGGAGGGAGAUGUCUGUGGGAACGGGACCCGACUGAACAUAACCAGGAGCAGAGAACAGGUCUGGAUCAACAUGGGGACAGCUCUGGGAGUCCUGGCCUGUGUUGCAGCAGCUUUCCUCACCUACAAGAUGUGUAGUUUGUGAAGAAACAGUCCUGUACAUUUGCCUCCAUGUUUUACCUGAACUAAUCCACACUGAAGGCGACUUGUCAGACUUUGGGGAAAUGAAGAUGUGACAAAUGUAAGGAGUCUUUUUCCCAAGUUCCACACAGGACCUCCACACGUCAUCUGAUCAGAGGCAGUGACACGAGGCACAAAGUCAUGUUAUCAUCAGGGGAACGUGUCAAUUUAGAGGAGAUAUUUUACAGACGGGGUUAGAGUGUGGAAUGCCUCGCCCACAUGGCUCUUCAAACCAGAAUAGUGUUUACUGGGCAUUAGAUAAAGACAGGAGGAAUUAUAUGCAAGGAUUUGAGAAGGUGGAGGUCAAUGGGAUUGAAGAGCGGCAGUGGGGAGCGAGCACCAGCACAGACACGACGGGGAGAGAGCAGGGACUCGGAUGUGGUUGGACGCAGAGCAAGGGAGAGGGGAGGUGACCACAGGCUCAGUUGAUUAUGUGGAUCUUAAAGUGGAGACCUGUAGCUUAGUGGUUGGAACAUUCACCUCGCAAGUGAG